GCAAUGAGAUAUCCAGAUAUUCGGAUCCAGCACGAGCUUCUUGAGAGGCGAAGAGCAUCAAGCCGUGAUCGAGUACACUGGAAGUCACUUACCGAAAGAACAUUUGCACAUUCUGAUCUGUGGCCGUUGGACAUGUACAACGCAUCCCGCGCAGUCCUCAAUCUACGCAAGCACAAGUCAACAACGUCAUCGCGAUGCGAUAGAGAGACUUGAGCAACAACACUCUUCCCUCCACACCAAAUUCUUCACCGGCAUUCGAUAAAGGAGAUCGGACCAACCAUCAUGACCGAUAAUCACAACAAACCUUGCACUCUCUGCGGAACUUCUCGAUCAGUCCUCGUCCGCUGCCAAAUCGACGAUUCACGCAAAUGGCACAUGGUGUGUCCCGGCGAGUGCUGGAGAAGCGUCUCUGGAGGACAAGAAGACGCUCGAGGAUUCGAAAAAGAAUAUCCUUUCUACCGCUACGGUGGCAUGUGGAAAAAUAAACAUUCCGAUGGACCCCUAAGCGCUAAGAAGCCAGAGAAGGUGAAGAAGCGGCAGAGAGAAGAGAGAGCGGGACGAGAGAAGGACGAGACAACGUCGCAUGAAGUCAAAGAGCACGCGGAGUCGGAGGAAGGACCGUGAAGUAGGUUCACCAUUCCCGGCAGGAAUUUGUCACCUCCGGUUCUACCUCGAAGUCCCUUCGAUGCUUUUGGGGGCGCAGCAGUCCCUGAGAGCCUCAUCUUCGCGCAAAGACUUCCUGAUAUGCCAUACAGUGUUACCUCGUUAUAUGCAUAUAUGAAUAGAAGCAUAAACCGGCUAUAAGCAUGC